UGCACCCCGUCCAAUCAUCUGUCUCUAUUUUGUGGCGAAAUAAUUUUGAAAGUAAAAGCGCCUUUUGUUUCAACUGGUUCUGUUAGCCUGUUACUUUCACCAUCUAUCACAUCAAGAAAACCUACUUUUAUAUGCAAUAUGGACGCGUUUUUAAAGAAACAACUGUGUGACAAUAGCCUUAGCUACAAAAGGUCACUGGAUCGAAUCAUAGACAAGUAUUCAAAGCUUCAAUACCAAGACGGGGGGAUAGAGGUGGACCUCGAAAGUACAAAACCCCAAACACUUGAACGCUACAUGAAGCUGUCAAAAACAGAGCUGAACAAGCUGGAAUCAAAGAGCCUGACAGAUUUGAGAGACGACUCAUCAAGAGCUCAAGACAUUACAAGAGCCUCUCAGUUGGACUUCACGCAUCAAGAUGGUGGGGCUGAUGAGAUUUGUGUUUCGAGUGUUUCCACUACCCAAUUGUCUGUGGAGGAUGAUGGGAUGGCAAGGAGUGACACGAAUCAGCUGACUGUGAGCUCCUUGGAUGAGAGUCAGAGAAACCUUUCUGAGACGGAGCUCCAGCCCGAGGACCAAGAUGAGGAACUGGAAAUGUCUCUGAGAAGUCACGGCAGCUCUUUGGUGGAGCUCUACCCCAGCAUGAUCAGUCGAAUAGAGAGGGCCUGGCAUCGGCAGCAUGUCCACGAGGCCGCUGAGGAGGUGCUGAGGAGGUACCGCAGAUGGCGACAACAGUCAAAGAAAAGCUAUCUGAACAACACCUUCAUUGUCACGCUGAGACACACCAACAGCAACCCCAGAAACAUGCCCAGCAAGACGCUGCUCAAGGAGAACUCAGACAGCCCCGUGAACCAGCUCGUGAGAACUGAAACUACCCCUCGCUCUCCCUUGCAGAUAGUAACCAAUCUGCAGCAGCAGUCUCCUGGGAGGGUGAGGGCCUCGCUGAGAAGGGAGCAGCACCAGCCUGUCCUCGUGAUGGACUUCUCUGGUUACUCUGAGACCUCUAAACCAAAAGAGAUCUCGCUGAAUGAGACCUUCACUGUGUCUCAGCCGUCUCCUCCCGAGGUAUCCCAGCUGGGAGAACAGCCCGCCACUUAUGCUGUCAGUCCUUCACGACCUUGCUAUCCCACUGCAAAAGCAUCCUUGGACCUGUCUCUCAGGUCUAAAAGGCUUUCUCUCGCUGCACACUCACCGCAGACUGAUGGGUGCCUCAUGUAUGAAUCGGAAACCACUGCCGUUAAAGACAGGCCAGACAUCUACGGCUCUCCUGUCAGGCAGAGUCCCAUGAAAGCGAGAAUGAUGACCAGCCUCAGUAGAUCACCUCUUGCAUCUUCCAGAAGCCACAAAGCACAUUUUGUGGAAAGCUUUUCCAGAGAGCCAACGAGGCCCAAACCAACGUCCACUUCUCUGUCCUCCCCUCUGCAAAAGCCGACUGUUCCACUGAGGAUGCUUUACCCUCAAGACUCCCAUCAUUCCUUCCAGCCACAGCUGCGUUCACCUCAGUCAGCCACAGCAGCAGAAGGUCGCCACAGGCUCCGGCGGCAUCUUUCCUUUGACUCGUCCCUGCCAUCGGCCCGUGUCUCUUACUCACCAAAGAAGCUUGACGAAGACUUUAUAAAACUCUACCACAAAUUCGUCUGCCAGAACAAAUCAUCUUUCUUUAAUGGGCCUCCCUGCCGUUUCUGUGCCAGAAGCUCUGAGGCCAGCAGGGGCCACUCGUCCUCAGCUCUGGCAGCUCUCGCCUUGUCGCCCCACCGCUCCGUCCUGAGGAAACGCCACAGGGAGCUAAGCUGGGACAGCCACCCCCAGUCCAAACGCUCCAGGGACGAGUACGGCGCAUCCUCCCCAGGAUCCAAACGCCAUGGGAACGAGAUUCUGAGGCGUUCUUUCUCUCCCUCUGAAUACGAGCAGUCUCGUGAUGGCCCCUCCUAUAGCCCGAGUAAGCACAGCAUGUUUCAAAGAUUCAGCACCCAGCAGCGCUCAGCAGAUGCACAUAAGGAAACCUGGAUGAGUCGGGGCCGCCACAUAUCUGCAGCUAACUCAUCUGGCCUGGGAGGUUCACUCGAUAGCAAAAUGAUCAAGGGCUACUCCCCCAGAAAAUGGCGGUGAACAGGGAUUACACUGGCCUGCCCACAGAAGUCCUCAACAAGUAUCGCUGUGGAAAACUAUUGUCAUGAAACAAAUAUCAAUGUGAAAGGAUUGUGUAGCAGUGUGAGGUUCAUACAAAUAUUGGUGAGUAAAGUAUACAGUAACCAAAUGGGUGACACAGGAAACAUUUAUUUCACUCAGCUGGUACAGUGUGAACUCAGGAAACUAACUGUUACAACAUAGUAAAGCUUGAAGUGGUCUUUGUAUGUCCAGUUGCUUUCCAUCCUAGUUAGUGUUCCUGUUUGGAUGUUUUAUUUUUUAAUCAACUGAAAUGUUAUUUUUUGUGCUGUGGUGCAUCAUUACCUAAGUUAAUACAGCUUCAUGUUUUUCUUGUAAUAUCUAUUCAUUAAAAUUAAAUUGUCAAUGUAAAAAUGAAGUUUCUGGGAAAAAAACAA